UUUUGGGCCCCACGCAGUUCUUUUGGAGUUGGGCGUGCGGGUGGUCACGCUUAACUGUUUUACAUUCAGACUCUGAAUCGUAGCCAUUUGAGGAUCGCUAUGCUUACCCGAGGGGUAGUGGCGUCGGAGGCCGGUCAGCAGUGGGUGAAAAGGAGACAGGGAAUCUGCUUUUCUGAGUGACUUUAGGCGAACCCCUUCACCUCUCCAGGCGUCCCAGGAAAGGCGUCCUUUCUUUAUAAGAACAUGGUGUUAAAAGUGGGAACUUGAAAGCACCGCGGAGAAAUGCAGUGGGACCACUUCUCCACCAAGCCGAUUUUGGGAUCUGGGACCGAGCCUGGGCAAUCUCUCUCUCCGCCCUGCCUCCGGCGCCCAGGUCUUUGCUUCGUGGAGACAGGAUGGACAGAUUCCUGGUGAAAGGGGCGUUAGGGGACCUUUUGGGAAAGAGGGAGCGAGAGGCCAGCGGAGAAGGUCCAGCAGGCCUGCAAGCGGACCAGGAGGGUGGCAGGAAAAGGCCGAAGGCGGAGACCCCGGGGAAUGCAGGCCACCAGGCCGGCCCCCGCUGGCAGCACAUCCGGGCUGAGGGCCUGAGCUGUGAUUACACAGUCCUGUUUGGCAAAGCCGAAGCAGACAAGAUUUUCCAGGAGCUGGAGCGGGAAGUGGAGUAUUUUACAGGCGCGCUGGCCAGGGUCCAGGUGUUUGGGAAGUGGCACAGUGUGCCCAGGAAGCAGGCGACCUAUGGCAACCCCGGGCUGACCUACACGUUUUCGGGCCUUACUCUGUCUCCAAAGCCCUGGAUCCCAGUUCUAGAGCGCGUCCGGGAUCGUGUUUCUGCGGUGACUGGAGAGACCUUCAACUUUGUGCUCGUUAACAGGUACAAAGAUGGCCGUGACCACAUCGGUGAACACAGAGAUGAUGAAAGGGAACUGGCUCCCGGGAGCCCCAUAGCCUCGGUCUCCUUUGGGGCCUGCAGAGAUUUCUUCUUCCGGCAUAAGGAUUCUCGGGGGAAGCAGCCCUCCCGGAAGGUGGAGGUGGUCAGGCUUCAGCUGGCCCACGGAAGUUUGCUUAUGAUGAACCACCCGACCAACACUCACUGGUAUCACAGUCUCCCCGUCCGAAAGAAGAUUCUAGCUCCACGGGUCAAUCUGACAUUUCGCAAAAUUCUGCCUACUAAAAAGUAAAAACUUUGUCAGCAGUUUGUAAGUCUAUUUUCUCCUCCCUCUCUACUCCAGGAGGGAACUGGCAUCCCCUUUCCGAAAAGGGAACACAGAAGAGGUUUAAUCCAAGCAUAGGGCUUAUUGCACAGCAAUGCAGGAUUCUGAAAGAGGAUGGCUUUAUCAAAUUGGUCAAGUGUGAAAGAAUACCAGUUGAUUUUUUUUUUCCUAACAAAAAGAUUCUUUUAUUACUAUAAUACACAGCAGAUACAAAAGGUACCUUUAGCAAAUACAUAAAUCAGCAGUUAUUAUGGCAUAAACUACUAGUUUAACUUCAGUUUUUUGCCAAGAGAAGCCACUUUGUAAAUAACUUAAAGCCAGAAAUAAGAUGAUGUGGCUGCUACUCAAUGCCUAAUAAUUUACGAAAUGAGGAAGUCAGCUUUAAGUCAGGUUAAGAGACUGCACAGAUUAUCAUUCACAUUUACAACCUUGGCUCCCACCCUGGCCUCUGACCAAAGAUCUGCUGACAGCUAAACGUUCAGAGGAUCGUCCCCUUUCGUGCCCAGCGUGUCUCUUUAGUGGCAGGCUUCAAAGAGUAAGCGGUGGCAGGACCGCAGUGACCGAAAGCUGCGACUUUGCAACGCCGCGUAAGGUCACAUAACUGGGGGUUUGUUUCACCAGACCCAGGCAAAAUAGGUGGACUGGGUUCAGCGUCAAAGCCAGGGCCUGCCACGGAAUCAGGAAGGGGCGUCAGCAGUGAAGGCCUCAGAUGCUUCGAACUGUUCCUCUCUCCCUGAUGCCCGGGGCCUGGAGAACCUUCACAGUAUUUUCAAUCGGUAGCGAGUCUGGAGUCCUCGGGGGUGAGUGCCGGGCCAGGCGGGAUGGUGAUCACCUGGGCCGCUUCCGCUUUUAGCCAACACCCAGGCAUCGUCUAGAAGUGUCUGCCAGCCUGCCCCCACCAGAAGGAGCAUGGUCCUCAGCCUUCCCUCGGGGGACCUUUUAGACAGCUCUGAUUCCAAAUCUUAACUCUGAGGAGUCCAUUUGAGUUUGGUAUCUUGUUUGUUUGUUUAAAUAAAACUAGCUAAAACAUA